GCCGACAUUACGACAUCUCGGAUCUUUUUAUUUGAUUCAAUCGAACGUGCAUGCUAAUCGGAUGCAACAACUGGAAAAAUGAAGAUGGCGGACGGAUGUGUAUUCUUUAGAAGAAAUAGACCCGGAACCACAGCAAAGGUGGCCUGAUGAACCCUUUGAAGAAAUGGACAGCACAUUGGCUGUGCAACAAUAUAUUCAACAGAUGAUUAGAAGAGAUCCAUCUAACGUAGAUCUAAUAUUAAAAAUGCCAGAAGCGCAAGAUGAAGCAGUAUGGAAGUAUGAACAUUUAAGACAAUUCUGUAUGGAACUAAAUGGUUUGACAGUAAGGCUGCAAGCAGAAUGUCAUCCAGAGGCUUGCACUCAAAUGACAGCUACUGAACAAUGGAUAUUUCUUUGUGCUGCACAUAAAACACCUAAAGAAUGUCCAGCUAUUGAUUACACACGACAUACACUUGAUGGCGCAGCUUGUUUACUCAACAGUAACAAAUAUUUUCCUAGCAGAGUAAGUAUCAAAGAAUCUUCAGUAGCAAAACUUGGAUCUGUUAGUCGAAGAGUUUACAGAAUCUUUUCCCAUGCAUAUUAUCACCAUAGAACAAUAUUUGAUGAAUUUGAAAAUGAGACUUUUCUAUGUCGCAGGUAAAAUGAUUAUUUGUAAAAGCAUUAACAAGAAUAUUGUUACUUAAUUAAUUGAUCUUUUUUGUUUCAGGUUUACAGCAUUUGUGACAAAAUAUAAUUUGAUGUCGAAAGAAAGUUUGAUAGUACCAAUUAUGGAAGAGGAGGGAACGACAGAAAGUGAAGCGUAGGACUUGAAUGUUUAUUUAUAUUGCCCAAAAUUGAUUUGUCAGAUUUAAUGAAAUCGUUGGUAAUAUUGAUAUAUUGCUGAAAUAUCUUUUGUAGUUCCAAUUGUAAGAACAUUGGAAAGUUUUGGUAAUCUGUUUAGAAAUAUUUUACUAGAAUUUCUUGUUAUUAAUUGAAUCGAUACAAUUUAAAACUAUCAUCAUGUUUAAAACUUACAUGUUUGCAAUGUUUAUAUAUAAAAAUGAAUUCAUUUUAAACAAUUCUACACGAGGUUAAAUUCUGUAUUAAUGAAUAUUACAUUUUUAAUAUAAUACAUUUUAAUAUAAUAUAGUAAUUUACAUUUUUAAUAUACUAUAGUAAUUUAGAACAUUUCACGAGAUAAUUUGACAAGAAAUUCAAGUAAAUUUAGAGUAAAAAUAUUCAAUUUUUUGUGUAGUACUUCAUUAUAUAUUUUAUAUCUUCCCCUUUUUAGUAUUAUGAGUUUGUAUAAAAAUAUUUAAUUUUAUUAAAACUACAGUGAAGAGCCUAACUUUACUAAUGACAAUGAAAAUUGUUGA